AUGACUUGCUCAAUCAGCGAUGAAUCAGAAAGAGGGGACACUUCCACAAUCCGCCAGAGAACUUGUACCCGCUCUGCAUGCUGUUCCCCCUCUUCACCAGAGAACAGAUGCUGCGAUAACAAUUGCGUUAUCAAAAUCGCACGCCGGGAUUGCAAAAAUGAGCACAAUCAUCAAAACACGCUCCCCUCGAGCUCCCAAUCUUCUCUCCCACUCCCGUCCGACGAAGAACCAUGUCAGAGUCACCUUUCCAAAGCAAAGGCUGCAUAUAGUGAGAUGUUGAAUAAUUUUGGAUGUAUUUGCAAGGUGUUGCUUUCCUUAAAUUUGGAAUCGUGCUGUGCUUUGGAGUCUGGGACUGCUCGGCGCAAGAGUUCGGAGAAGGAGAGAUUGUUGAUGGGAAUGAGAAAAGCUCCUAGUGGGGGUAAUUCUGUCAAGUCGGUUGGAGACACCUCGUGUGCUGAAGGAUUGUACUGCUCUCCCUCGAAGAGCGAGUUGGUGAAUGCGGUGACGAAAAGAAACGCCUGUUGCUCUACACCACCAGAGCAAACUGGAAGCGAUAUUGGAAUGAAUUCUGCUACAAAAGCUUUGCCGAAUGAUGUCAAAACUAGCCCUAAGCAUAGCAAAGAGGGUUUGAACUGCUGCAUUGAUGAGACAAGUUUCGCUGAUCAAGCUCCUGCUUCGGAUUGUGGUAAAGGAUGCUGUUCUGAUCCGAGUGUGGGACCAGCCGUUACAUCCAAAUCUGUAGGCAGUUAUGUCAAAGGCAGCUGUUCUAAAUCAGCUGUAGAUCCCAUUAUUGCCGCUGCACCUUUGGACGACUGUAAAAAGGGCUGCUGCUCAGAGAUAACCUCGACUCCCUCAGACACCAAGCCGUCAUUGGAGAAAUGCUGUUUUACUGAGGUUCAGGCUGGGAAUCACGCCACCCUGGAAGUGGAAGAAGCAGAUGCUUGCAAAGUUGAAUGCCAGGAUCUGUCGGAUCCGACUGGAAAACGCCUAGCCCCUAAAGAAGCUUGCUGUUCCAAAACCAAGUCUGGAGAUAAAAAAUGUUCGCAAGAUGUUGAAAUUUUACCCUGCACCUUCAACACUAGCGCCAAUCAGGUAGACUUGGAAAAGGGCGUCCUUGAAGUCGAACAUCUUAUCAUCAGUGUCCAAGGGAUGACCUGUACUGGUUGCGAAAAAUCACUUUUCAAAGCUCUGACUUCAAUGCCAGCGGUUUCUAAUAUCAAAACCAGCCUUGUUUUGGGUCGAGCAGAAUUUGACAUUGGUGCAAGUGCGGCCGAUAUCAACAUUGCUGAAACUAUCAAGGCUCUUGAAAAAAUGACUGGAUUUACUUGCUCGAAGAUGACAUUAUCUGGACACAAACUUGACCUCAUUGUGGAAGACCCUGCAGUCUUUAUAGGUGACAAAGACCUACCAUAUGGAAUUUCAGGUAUUGCUGUACAAGAUUCUCGCACUAUUCGAGUUACCUAUCAUCCAGAGGUUCUUGGCGCAAGAGAUUUGAUCGGCAAUACAUUCUUUGAAUCAGCCAAGCUAGCCCCCAUGGUAGACCCUCCUCUCAUAACAUCUGGUAGAGCACAUCUUCGCUUGAUGCUUUUCAAGACGCUGGUUUCUAUAACACUGACUAUUCCUGUGCUUAUCAUGGCAUGGGCCGAGCUUCCUCCUCGAGAAAUAGCUUAUGGAGCUGCUUCACUAGUCCUCGCAACAGUUGUGCAGAUUUACAUUGCUGGUCCAUGGUAUUUCAGCGCUUUCAAGGCGCUGUUUUUCUCACACCUAGUUGAAGUAGACUUUCUUGUGGUUCUAUCUACAUCAAUCGCGUACAUAUACUCCAUCAUUGCCUACGCUCUCCUGGCCUGUGAAAAGCCUCUUUCAACUGGGAGCUUCUUCGAAACCAGUACGCUAUUGGUAACAUUGAUCAUGGUGGGACGCCUCGUGACUAGUUUGGCAAGACAGCGAGCUGUGGAGUCGAUUUCUAUUGAAUCACUUCAACCCUCAACUGCAAUUCUCGUAGAUUCAAAAUCAGACUCUCGGAAUGAGAUUGAUGCGCGACUCUUGCAAUACGGAGAUAUAUUUGUCGUGUCGCCUGAUUCGUCAAUCGUCACAGAUGGGACUGUCAUCUCUGGUAUAUCGGAUGUCGAUGAGUCUAUGAUCACGGGCGAGGCUACUUCAGUGGCCAAAAAGCCAGGCUCCCCGGUUGUUGCCGGAUCUAUAAAUCACUCUGGUACCUUAAAAAUUCGCCUAACUCGUCUUAUGGGAAACAAUACAAUCAAAUCGAUUGGUUUAAUGGUAGACGAGGCAAAAUCUUCCAAAGCCAGGUUCCAAGACGUGGCAGAUAGAGUAGCGGCAUAUUUUGUCCCAAUCAUUCUUGUUGUCACUGUCAUUGUAUUUGUUGUGAGGGUGGGAGUCGGUAUAGGAAUUCAAAAUUAUUCAACGACAACUGCAUGCAUCAACGCCAUGACUUACGCCAUUUCUGCACUCAUUAUGUCAUGCCCAUGCGCUAUCGGCCUAGCUGUUCCUAUGGUUCUGGUCAUUGCUGGCGGAGUGGCUGCCAAAAGCGGCGUGGUCUUCAAGUCAGCAGAAACCAUUGAGAAAGCGAGGAAUAUCUCCCAUGUCGUGUUCGACAAGACGGGUACCCUCACGCAGGGGCUACUCACGGUGGAGAGAGAGUUAUAUCCAAUUGGCGAAGGAACCACACUCGGGCCAAUGAUUCUUGGUUUGACAAGUAGUAGCAAGCACCCUGUGUCGUUAGCCAUAGCAACUCAUCUGAAGUCAACUGUCACCAAAGCAGAUGAACUGAACAAAGUCACGUCGAUUGUGGGCUGUGGUAUUGAAGCUACCUGGGGAGAAGAGAAGAUACGUGGAGGAAAUCCAUACUGGCUGGGAGUUGAAAACCUACCAGCGGUCACGAGUAUCUUCUCCCUUGGAGUCUCUAUCUUUUGCAUCACUGUCAACGGAAAUCUUGUUGCAGUGUAUGGUCUUAAAGAUAGUCUUCGACCAGAUACCACGGCUGUUAUUAACGAGUUGAAGCGACGGAACAUCGAGAUUUCUAUUAUUAGUGGUGACAAUGAAGAGUCUGUCAAGUCUGUUUCUCGAACUCUCGACUUGCCUGAAAGUCAUGUGCGCUUUAAAUGUAGUCCAGCCGAUAAGCAGACAUACAUCGAGGAGAUAUCCACUGCAAAAAAUGUUGUCAUGUUUUGCGGUGAUGGAACGAAUGAUGCUGUGGCACUCGCUCAAGCAUCUAUUGGUAUGCAUAUCAAUGGAGGCACAGACAUUGCUCAAAGUGCAGCCGAUGCCGUUCUCAUCCGACCAGCUCUGAGUGGAGUCAUCGUCCUUAUCGACCUUUCGAAGACCUUUUAUCGACGAGUUAUCUUCAACUUUACUUGGUCGUUCAUCUACAAUACCUUUGCGAUUCUGUUAGCCGCAGGAGCAUUUCCGAAUGCAAGAAUUCCACCUCAGUAUGCUGGCUUGGGUGAGAUUGUAAGCGUUUUGCCAGUCAUUGCUAUUGGGGUGCAAUUGAGGUGGGCUAAUUUUACCAGUUUCAAGGUCUGA